GUUUCCUCAGUCUUCUAUCCGCACUGGAAAAUGAAUUUACUCGGAGUUUUGAUUUUGGGACUCGCCGCUCCCAGUAUAUUUGUAAGCGGUGAAGGCGAAACCCAGAGCAAGGAUUGGUGGCAAACUGCCUCAAUUUAUCAGAUUUAUCCGCGUUCGUUUAAAGAUAGUGAUGGGGAUGGAAUUGGUGAUCUUAAAGGUAUCACGCAGAUGUUACCUUACCUCAAAGAAAUUGGUGUGGAUGUAACUUGGCUCUCACCCAUUUUCAAGUCACCGAUGGCUGACUUUGGUUACGAUAUAUCAGAUUUCUACGAUAUCCAACCUGAGUAUGGAACAUUGAAGGAUUUCGAUGAGCUCAUUGCGACCGCUAAACAAAUCGGUGUUAAAGUUUUAUUGGAUCUUGUACCAAAUCAUUCCAGUGAUGAGAAUGAAUGGUUCAUUAAGUCAGUCAACAAGGAAAAGGGAUACGAGGAUUACUACAUCUGGCAUCCAGGUUACCCUGAUCCAAAAAAUGCGACCAAUCGGUUACCUCCAAGCAACUGGGUUAGCAACUUUAGAUUUUCAGCCUGGACUUGGAGAGAAGAACGUCAAGAGUUUUACUUGCAUCAAUUUCACUAUAAACAACCAGAUUUGAACUAUAGGAACCCGGCCGUUGUUCAACAGAUGAAGGAUGUUAUAACGUUUUGGCUGAAACGUGGAAUUGAUGGAUUCAGAAUAGAUACAGUACCAUCUCUAUUUGAAAUUGCUCCCGAUAAUAACGGAAAUUACAAAGAUGAACCAUUAACUGGCGAAACAGAUGAUCCGGAUGACUAUAACUACCUUAAACAUAUUUACACAAUGGAUCAACCAGAAACUAUUGACAUGGUCUACCAAUGGCGUACACAUGUCGACCAAUUCAAAAAGGAGAACGGUGGUGAUACCAGAAUUCUCUUAACGGAAUCUUAUUCACCCCUUAAUGUCGUAAUGCAAUAUUAUGGGAAUGGUACUAAUAAUGGAUCGCAUGUACCAUUCAACUUCCAUUUGAUUACGGAACUAAAUGGAACAUCGAGGGCUCCCGACUUUGAAAACGUAGUGAACACUUGGAUAAAUGCUAUGCCUGCGGGUAGCACCGCUAAUUGGGUGUUGGGAAAUCAUGACCAACGUCGUGUUGCAAGCCGAUAUGGGGUCGAAAAAAUUGAUUUGCUCAAUAUGCUUCUAAUGAUUUUGCCUGGAGUCGCCGUAAAUUAUAACGGUGAGGAGAUAGGAAUGACUGAUGUUUGGAUUUCCUGGGAGGAUACUGUUGACCCACAAGCUUGUAACACCGAUCCUGAACAUUACCAGUCCCAUAGUCGAGAUGUGGCAAGAACACCUUUCCAAUGGAGUGAUCAGAAAAAUGCCGGCUUUUCAACAGGAUCACACACUUGGCUCCCUGUUGGUCCGAAUUAUAAGGAUGUUAAUGUGGAGACAGAAAGGCUAUACGUAAGAAGUCACCUGAAUACAUAUAAACGUGCCAAGCAGUUGCGACGUUUUUCUAAAACCUUCCAAGAUGGAGAUUUCAAAAUAUUGGCGAUAAAUGAAGAUGUUAUUGGGAUCAGAAGGUCCCUUCAGAAUGACAAUACCUUCGUGAUGGUGGCCAACGUUGGUUCGAAGCUGGAGAGAGUAAAUUUACUCGCAUUGGAGGACUCAUUAAAUCUAAUGGAGGUUGUUUUGUCGAGUGAUAAUUCUCCUAGAAGGAUUGGGGAUGUGGUCCAUCCUUUGGAGGUGAUACUUCUACCAAGUGAAGCAUUGUAUUUACGGACAAGGGCAUAAUGACCUUCCAGUAAUACUAUAAUAGUUUUAAUUAAUAUGUGUAUAUUUGGUGCUGAAUAAUAAAUCGUACCAAUCAAGCAAAGAAAAAAUAAAUUGUGCUUAAAAUCAA